AUGAGUGACGGUGACCCUCCUCUUCGUCUCCUCAGCCUUCCUAAUAAACCUCUUCAGAAUAUCGUUCGAUUCAUGAAUCAUAUCGAUCAAUUUGCAUUAUCUCUAGUAUCCAAGCGAAGCAAGGAGCUCGUGAAAUCGAUCGAUAUCAAAUGUUGGAGAAUCAAUAUUAAAGUGGAUACGGAUGUUUCAAUACAAAUUCAAUUUUCUCAUGAUACAAUCGAAUGCUCGUUUGAUAAUUAUCAGCGUUCAAUCGAUAACCCGUCUCCCACCAACAUUAUAUCGAAAGUAUCACUUGGAAACAGAGGAGGUUUCGAGCAUAAUAAACAAGAAUAUCGAUUUGAGGAAUGGUUGAAUCACACACUCGAAGUGUAUCAUCAAUCAGAAAUCAACAAAGUUCUGUUCAUAACCCUGUUACCGGACAUGCAAUCUUUCAGAAAAACUUUCAGUUCUUUUUCCUUUUUAACAUGGGCCAGAGGGGCCACUAACGCUGAUGUUCUGAAAGUUUUCAGGAUCUUUCGUCCUGAAAAGCAGCUGACAAUUGCUGUUGCAAUUGGCUAUGAAUCGAUCUUGAAUCGAUUCAUAAAACAUUGGAUGGCUGGAUCCAAUCCAAGAUUACGAUACAUUGAAUUGCAGUCUAUGUAUCAUCCCUCUCCUCAGGCAGAAGCGGUGUUCAGAGGAAUAAAACAUGAAAUCGUAUCAGAGGAGGACCCGAAAACACUGAACGCUUUCCGAACAUCUGGAAUUGAAGAUGUUGAAUUUCUCGGUGGAUAUAAUAUCCGGAGGAAGGAUGGAACACUUGCAACAAUUUCAUUUAACAAGCGUUAUUGUUUCGUAAUGUUUAUCUGUGCAGCUAUCUGCCGUGUUUGUUCAGACCUGUUGCUAUGGCAUACAGGACCGUCAUUCACGUCUUCUGCCAUAAUGAGUGACGGUGACCCUCCUCUCCGUCUCCUCGGCCUUCCUAAUAAGCCACUUCGAAGUAUCGUUCGAUUCAUGAAUCAUAUCGAUCAAUUCGCAUUAUCUCUGGUAUCCAAACGGAGCAAAGAGCUCGUGAAAUCGAUCGAUAUCAAAUGUCGGAAAAUCAAUAUUAAAGUGGAUACGGAUGUUUCAAUACAAAUUCAAUUUUCUCAUGAUACAAUCGAAUGCUCGUUUGAUAAUUAUCAGCGUUCAAUCGAUAACCCGUCUCCCACCAACAUUAUAUCGAAAGUAUCACUUGGAAACAGAGGAGGUUUCGUGCAUAAUAAAGAAGAAUAUCGAUUUGAGGAGUGGUUGAAUCACACACUCGAAGUGUAUCAUCAAUCAGAAAUCAACAAAGUUCUAUUCAUAACCCUGUUACCGGACAUGCAAUCUUUCAGAAAAACUUUCAGUUCUUUUUCUUUUUUAACAUGGGUCAGAGGGACCACUAACGCUGAUGUUCUGAAAGUCUUCAGGAUCUUUCGUCCUGAAAAGCAGCUGACGAUUGCUGUUGGUAGGUAUUACCACGAUAGAUAUAAAAAGAUUGAUUCUCUUCAUGAAGUGUUGGUUCAAAACCUGGAUUAUGUUUAUAUCGGUUUGAUGGGCCAACUGACAUUGGAUGAUUUAUUAAUUAUGAACUGCCGGAAAAUUGAAAUUUUUUUCCAAUUAGCUAUCAAUUAUGAAUCAAUCUUGAAUCUAUUCCUAAAACAUUGGAUGGCUGGAUCCAAUCCAAGAUUACGAUACAUUGAAUUGCAGUCUAUGUAUCAUCCCUCUCCUCAGGCAGAAGCGGUGUUCAGAGGAAUAAAACAUCAAGUUGUGUCGAAAGAAGACUCGAACACAUUGAAAACUUUCCGAUCUUUUGGUAUUAAGAAAGGUAACCUGUUGCUAUGGCAUACAGGUCCGUCAGUCACGUCUUCUGCCAUAAUGAGUGACGGUGACCCCCCUCUCCGUCUCCUCAGCCUUCCUAACACGCCUCGUCGGAAUAUCGUUCGAUUCAUGGAACAUAUCGAUCAAUUCGCAUUAUCUUUGGUAUCCAAGCGAAGCAAGGAGCUCGUGAAAUCGGUCGAUAUCAAAUGUCGGAAAAUCAUUAUCAAAGUGAAAACAGCAAUUUCAAUACGAAUACUGAUUUCUUCUUAUGUUUUCAUUGAAUGUUCGUUUGAUGAUUAUCAGCGUUCAAUUGACAAUCUUUCUCCAAUCAACAUUGAAUCGAAGGUGUCACUUGGGAUUGGAGAAGGUUUCGUGCAUAGUAAACCAGAAUAUCGAUUUGAGGAGUGGCUGAAUCAUGCACUCGAACUAUAUCAUCAAUCGGAACUGGACAGAGUAAUUAUCUUCACACCGUUACCGGAUAUGAAAUCUUUUCGGAAAACUUUCAACAAAGUUCCGACUUUAAUCAUAAUUGGAGCAGAUGAUGAACCUAAAAUCAUAGAAUACUACAGGUGUCUUCGUCCGGAGAAAAAUCUGAUCUUCACUGUUGGCAAACUCUGUGUACUUCGCAAUGAAAAUACCGAACUUCUUCACGAAGUGUUCCUUCAAAAUCUCGAUUACAUUCAUGUCGCUUGGAUGAGUCGUUUGACAUUGGAUGAUUUGCUAAUAAUGAACUGCCGAAAACUUGAGAUUUGGUUCCAUUUAGCUAUCAACUAUGAAUCGAUCUUGAAUCGAUUCAUCAAUCACUGGCUGGCUGGAUCCAAUCCGAGAUUACGAUACAUUGAAUUGGAGUGUGUAAGAAAUAAUUUUUCCCAUGAAGGGGUGCUCAGAGGAAUAAAACACAACACGGUAUCAAAAGAGGAUCCGAGAACAUUGAACGCCUUUCGAACAUCUGGAAUUGCAAAUGUUAAAUUUCUCGGCGGAUACAAUAUUCGUAAAAAGGAUGGAACAACUGCUACCGUAUUAUUUAAGAAUCGUCGAAGUAUCGCAAUGCUUGUUUGGUCGUGA